UCUCAGUCCUAAUCCCCCACUUGCAAGUUCCAACCCACGCGGUCGGAGACGGAGAGAGCGGAGGGGUCUCAGCCCGCGCGCCCACGGAUCGCCUCGCCGGCGAGGGAAGCCGGCGGCGGCGAUGGCCCCAUCCUCAGCGCCUCCCCUGCUCCUGCGCCGGCUCCUGCUGGCCCUGGCCCUCGCCGCCUCCUCCUCCGCCGCCGCCAGGAUCCCGGCCUCCCUCACCCCGAUCUCGCGGGACAUCUACCACUCCAGUGAUUCUAUUCUGCAUGAAAUCAAGGCCUUGGUUGCUCGGAAUUCAGAUAGGUUGACUAUGGAUACUGUAAGAGCAAGUAACAAAGGAUAUUCUGCAGAGAUGGUCGUCGUUACUUAUAAUCAUGCGAAGGAGACCGUAGACAAUGGCUCCAAGAUUAACAUCCUUCUGAGCUUUGGGCAGCAUGGAAGAGAACUUAUUACCUCUGAAGUUGCACUGCAUCUGCUCUACAUUUUGACGGAAAAGCGCAAAAUUGCCGGUGUGGAUCUAUCAUCCUUUGAGAAAAUUCUGGAGAACCUCGUGAUCAAAGUGGUGCCUAUGGAAAAUUUUAACGGCCGCAAACGUGUUGAAGCAGGGGAGCUCUGUGAUAGGAGAAAUGGAAGAGGAGUUGAUCUUAACAGAAAUUGGAGUGUUGAUUGGGGAAAGAAGGAAAAGGACUAUAACCCAUUUGAGGAGGAUCCUGGUACUGCUCCUUUCAGCGAACCUGAGGCUCAGAUCAUGCGAGAACUAUCCAAGUCAUUUAAACCACAUAUCUGGGUGAAUGUGCAUUCUGGAAUGGAGGCCUUGUUUAUGCCAUAUGACCACAAGAAUACUACACCAGAUGGAGUAUCUUCUCAGUUAAUGAGGUCAGUUUUGGAGAAUUUGAAUCAUCGUCAUUUCCAAGAUGGCUGCCUAGUUGGAUCAGGUGGUGGAGCUGUCGGGUACCUUGCACAUGGGACUACAACUGAUUAUCUGUAUGACAUUGCGAAGGUGCCAAUGCCUUUCACAUUUGAGAUAUAUGGAGAUGAGAAAGCAUCUACUGACGAUUGCUUCAAAAUGUUCAACCCUGUCGAUAAGACAACAUUUGAUAGAGUCAUUAACAAGUGGUGCAUGGCUUUUCUCAUACUUUUCGAGGAAGGAUUGCGAAACCUGCCAGACGGUCAAGUAGUGUCCCAAGGAACGCUGGAUAACUGGGUCCCCAUGGGAGGAGAGAUUGUGGAGAGAAAUGUAGAACGGAAGAGCAGCAAUGAACAUAGGAAACUUGAAGGACUUGACCUCGGAAUGCAGGAGCUAAGAACCUACUUUAGGCUAUUUAUGCUAUCAACAUUUUUGUUGAUGUUCAUGUUCUGCUCGAGGAUAUCAAAGAACAGAAACAGGGAAUCAGGUGAACAAAGCAUAUGAAACAUCGCGACAAAGAUCAAAUCCGGGACAAACUUUUGCGCUUUGCCACUUGGAGAUCCGAUGAUGGAGAUGGUGAGGCCGAUAGAAUCAGAAUGGUGUUUUGCAGCCUCUGUUUAGGUGUUAGCUGGAUGUCAAAUGGUUUGUUUAUGCUUCAGCGAGUCUUAAUUGUAAGUUGUAAAGCUGUCAAUAUAUGUUCUUUGUUGAAUAGGUAGGAUCAGAAUGUUAUUUGCACCUUUCGAAGGUUGGUGCUCAAACACGCCCCAUUAAAAGUUGGAUUUUUGACACGAUGGAAUAUUAAUUGAAUGUAAUAUAUGGAAUAUUAACUGAAUGAAUGAGUGUAAUAUUUCGCUGUCUAA